GGGUGACUAAACUCAACCCGGAACUUUGCAUGGUCAAUAAUUUUUGGAAACCUCUCCACCUAGGCACAUAGGUUCUCCAAAAUAGUUGAAAAUAUAAUUCACUCUCGGAUUAUUGUCGUCCUCUCUAGGGAGAGAUUUCAAAUGCUUCCAGUCCCGAUCUCGGCGCUUUCGCGAGGACAGUAACUUUUCUUUUCAAACAGAGUCUUAGGAGGACAAACAUACACACACUUCAAGAUGCCCCAACAGGAUAUUGUGAAGAUUGCCAUCCAGAUGCCAGGGGCAUACCCUCAGCUCAUUCAACUGGACCAGAAAAAGCCCCUUUCUGCUGUAAUAAAGGAGGUUUGUGAUGGGUGGAAUCUCCCAGGCCCUGAUAACUACGCCCUCCAGUAUGCCGACGGUGUUCAGACCUACAUCACUGAAUCUAACCGUCUGGACAUUAAGAAUGGCUGCAUUCUCCGUCUGACCAAGGCACCGGGCCGUUGUGCCGAGGACCUCUACAAGGGCAUCCAGAGCUCAGACUCAGGUGUGCGCUGUGAUUCGCUGAAGCAGCUGGCCUGCGUGUCCACUGACGUCACUUUUGCCCAGGAGUUUAUCAGCCGUGAUGGCCACUCUCUGCUGGUGAAGAUCGUAGAGGACGCUGACGAGGCCCCUCUGAUCAUGACCCACACACUGACAGGCUUCAUGGAGUUGAUGGACCAUGGGAUUGUAUCAUGGGAGAAUCUUUCUGCUGUCUUCAUCAAGAAGAUUGCUAACUUCGUCAAUGCCAAGGUGCUGGACGCGUCCAUCCAGCAGGUGUCCCUGGCCAUCCUGGAGAGCAUGGUGCUGAGCAGCAGCAGCCUCUUCCAGCAGGUCAAGCAGGAGGUCACUCUGGAGAGACUCCUCUCACAUCUGCAGGUGACAAACCAACAGAUUCAAACCAAAGCCAUGGCCCUCCUCAUGGCUCUGCUACAGACUGCUGGAGAUGCAGACAGACAGGAGCUGUUUGCCUUCUUAGGAAUGAAGAAUCUUCGACAGUACAUCUAUAAGAACAUUAUCCAUAGUUCUGCCUCUGUGGGGGAUGAGAUGGCCCACUACCUGUAUGUCCUCCAGUCUGUCACUCUGAACCACCUGGAGCCUCGCAUGAGGAUGCCCCUGGACUCCUACAACCAGGACCAGAGGGAGAUUCUACACGGCCUGCGGCAGGCAGCCUUCGAGACGGAGAGUGAGAACAGCUUGAGUCAUGAGCGACGGCGCUCUCUCUGUGCCAAGGAGUUCAAGAAGCUGGGCUUCUCUAACAACAGUAACCCAGGUCAGGACCUGCUGCGGGCCCCUCCUGGCCUGCUGGCUCUGGACACCAUGGCCUACUUCGCCUCCCGCUACCCCGAUGCCUACAGCAGGUUUGUUCUAGAAAACAGCAGUAGGGAGGAUAAGCACGAGUGUCCAUUCGCCCGCAGCAGCAUCCAGCUGACUCUAAUCUUGUGUGAGAUCCUACGAAUCGGAGAGCCCCCCUCAGAGACUGGUUCAAACUACCACCCCAUCUUCUUCUCUCAGGACCGGCUGCUAGAGGAGCUUUUCUGCGUCUGCAUCCAGCUGAUCAACAAGACCUGGAAGGAGAUGAGAGCCACGCAGGAGGACUUUGACAAGGUAAUGCAGGUUGUGCGUGAGCAGAUCACUAGGACUCUGUCCAGUAAGCCCACGUCUCUGGAGCUGUUUAAGAACAAGGUGAAUGCUCUGAACUACAGUGAGAUCCUCAAACUACGCCAGACAGAGCGGCUGCACCAAGAGGAGACCCUCGCCCCGCCUGUAUUAGAGCUGAAGGAGCGUCUGAAACCUGAGCUGUUGGAGCUGAUUCGCCAGCAGAGACUGAACCGCCUGUGUCAGGGAACACUCUUCCGCAAGAUCAGCAGUCGACGAAGACAGGAUAAGUUGUGGUACUGUCGUUUGUCACCCAAUCACAAAGUCCUGCACUUUGGCGAUGUGGAGGAGGACACAGAAACACCCCCCAUCGAGAGUCUCCAGGAAAAGAUUCCUGUUGCAGAUAUCAAAGCACUGCUGACAGGGAAAGACUGCCCUCACAUGAAGGAGAAUAAGGGCAAACAGACCAAGGAAGGGUUGGACCUGGCUUUCAGCAUCACUUAUGAUGUGGAGGAGUACAGCCUCAACUUUAUCGCCUCAUCCAGAACAGACUUCUGCCUGUGGACAGAUGGACUGAGCGUGCUCCUGGGGCGGGACAUGAGCAGUGAAUGCAUGAGGAGUGAGCUGGAUAUCCUGCUUUCCAUGGAGAUCAAGCUCCGCCUCCUGGACCUGGAGAACGUUCCCAUCCCAGACUGCGCCCCCCCGGUGCCCAAACCCCCCAGCAACUUCAACUUCUGCUACGACUUAAGCCAGGCUGAGCAGUAGGCCUGGAGAGAGGUCAAGGCAUGGUAGAGGAGGAGACCUGGGGCUUGUUCAGGAGGAUGUAACGUUACAGAAUGCUCGGAUAGAAAUGCAUGAAGUAGAACAUACAUGAUCAUCUGUCCUAUGGAAUAGGGGCGUAUGUCAGUUCUAUUCAUUCUAUUUCUAUCUGCAACUUCAGAAUGUUUCAUUUCACUGAAUGUACCCCAAUAACGACCAAGCACGUGGAUAUAGCUAGAUACACAGGAGGAACAGUGGCAACAUGGAGGCCUAGAUGGACAUAAAGAUGAUCUAAAGCAGAGGCAAAGGUGUCUUCUUAUAUGGGCGGAGGAAUGUGGAAGACGAGAGGCUGAAGAUGAUUCCUUAGGUACUAUUAGAGUGGUCAUCUUUUUGGGUGUGGUCUGGGAACACAAGUGUAUUGUAACUGUAGAAAUGAAAAACAGAAAGGAAAACGCUGCACACUGCUGCUCCCAGGUGAUAUUUAUUUAUAACAACGUUUCAACCCUUAGGUCUUCAUCAGGCAUCCAUAUCCCAGGUGGGCGUGGAAGGUCCUA